UCAAUUCAACCGUCAUCUUAUAAUUCUCCUGUAAACUGCAUCUCCUUUAAAAGUGUUGGAAACAUUUUAUUAUAGCGUACAUAAAACUUUUUAGCAAAGACUAAGAGAUGUAUAAAAUAUUGUUUGCAAAUUGUAUUUAUGUAGGCUACUAAUUUUUUUGUACGUUUGUUUUUCCACACCGGGACGUCAUGACGUAAAUGAACCGAUGAAUCGUUUUUAAGAUGAGGCUUCCAAAGUAUUCGAGUUGAUUACACAAUGUAUGUGAGCGUGCACGCGCGAGAGAGCCGUUAAGUCUGCGUGUCGCGUGCAUUGCUCGAGCCUUCGUUGUCAGCUGUCGCAGUAAAACAAGAAACAUUAAAGAUUGUCUGUAGUUCGCUACAUUACCAAGAUGUCUGAAGAUAUUUCGAGUGUGCAGUUAUGUGAGGACUUGGGUCGUGAGAGUUUACAACUGAACCAACAUUUGGAGAAGAUGACUGAACACAUGGAAAAUAUUUCAGUGAAUUUGUCUUGGAUGGCCUAUGAUAUGGUUGUACUCCGCACCAGUCCAGAUCUGGCUGAAUCCCUUAAGAGUCUGGAGAAACAGUUUCUUAAGUGCAAAGAUGUCAUCUGUGGUCCCACAGAUGGACAAGAUAAAAAAUGUCAUCAAGAACAUAAUAUCCCCCAAGAAUAGAUUACAGUUUCAGUUUAGAACAGAGACCUUUAAUGUUGUUAAUAUUGUUAAAGCUUAUGUGUUAGAUUAGCCAGCGUUAUUUGAUGUUGUCAUAUAUAUGUGAUUUUUUUUUUUUUUUUUUUGCACUCACAAUUUAAUAAAAAUAUCAACAAAGCAAA